CUGAAAGUGCAUGUUUCCUUACAGCAACAUUACAUCUGCUUCCAGGCAUUCUUUGGAUUUGGCCAAGCCGCCGAAAUCUCCAUUAAACUUGACGAUGCUGAUAAUAGAAAAGUUGCCAAAAUACGAGGUGAAGAGGGAGGCCAGGAGACACAUUUUUUAUUCUACGAUGGCGAAACAGUGUCCGGUACGGUAGCAGUUGCAGUGAAGAAAAAAUUCGACCAUCAAGGAAUACGCAUCGAAUUUGUUGGGCAAAUUGAGGUAUAUUAUGAUCGUGGUAAUCAGCACGACUUUGUUUCACUGGUCAAGGAAUUGGCACGUCCUGGCGAACUCACAAAAAGCACUGUGUUUCGGUUCGAAUUUCCUCAGGUUGAAAAACCGUAUGAAUCUUAUGUUGGCACUAAUGUCAAAUUGCGCUAUUUCCUGAGAGUGGUGAUCGUACGAAGGUUAACUGAUAUUGUCCGUGAGAUGGAUGUUAUUGUCCAUACUCUUUCUUCUUAUCCUGACACGAAUAAUAGCAUCAAAAUGGAAGUUGGUAUUGAGGAUUGCUUGCACAUCGAAUUCGAAUAUAAUCGUUCCAAAUAUCAUUUGAAGGAUGUUAUUGUUGGAAAAAUAUAUUUCUUGCUAGUUCGAAUAAAAAUUAAAUUCAUGGAAAUUGCAAUAAUCAAGAGGGAAACAGUGGGGAAUACGCCAAAUGUAUUCAAUGAGAACGAGACAAUCGCAAAAUACGAAAUAAUGGAUGGUGCACCGGUAAGAGGGGAGUCGAUACCCAUUCGACUUUUCCUUGCUGGUUACGACCUCACUCCAACAAUGCGCGAUGUUGGCAAAAAAUUCUCGGUGCGUUAUUACCUGAAUCUCGUUUUGGUUGAUGAAGAGGAUCGCCGUUAUUUCAAGCAGCAGGUUUGUGACACAUCGCAUAUCGCUCGUGCUUCACCAUUUUUAUGA